AUGGCUCAACAAGAUGACGAAUCGACCGCCUCCGACACAUCAGAUACAACGACUAUCGACGUUUCUACAACACCUGUUGAUGUGUCUUGGGAGAAGUCGACCUUGCUCCACGUCAUGAAACUCUCGGUGGGCUAUAAUGCCUCAGCUGGUACAGGCUUCUUCACAAUGCGUACAUCGAUCGAGCUCAAGGGCGCAUUUUCAGAAAACAUUAAGACUACUCUAUACCUCAUCAUCCCCCCUAAUCGCAUUCGCACGCUUACGCUGCUCACCGCGGACGAAAACGAAGACCACGCCGGGCCAAUCAACAAGGAGAUGCCAAGGAAGAAGAAGCCGAAACGAACGCGCUGGAGCCUGCAUUUCACCCUACACAAUGCUGGCGUCGUCGACUUCGUCGGUCCCAAGGUAGCCCAUCUCACACCGAAGAACAGGGGCGCCGGUCACGUAUUAGAUUCGCUACGCCUGCUCGCCCGACAGAGUAGUUUCCAAGUUCACCUGGCACCCAAAGUGCUAUCCAAGUCGCGCUGGCUUUUGCUCUGCAAAGCCGUAUCUGAGUCGGCGUGUCAACCCAUGGUGGGCAAGCCCGACAUUGAUACUUUGUACGGUGGCGAGGGCGGUCAACACAUAGAGUUGGGUGUUGGUGCUCCUGACACCGAAGCUCACUUGACACGGGCGACGAAUCUGGAUCCGAGCCUGAAUCCACCCUCCUAUGAUUCGCUGGAGCCACGGCAGCCCCUACCGCACAUGGCGGCAGAGGGUUCCAGUGUUGCUACUGGUGAUUUCUCUGAUUAUACUAAAAAGAAGCGGCGGCGUAUAAGUUCCGAUGGUGAAUCCGACGCCGAAGCCGGAUUUCAGAGCCAUGGCGUCACAAACCAUAAUCUGGUGCUGCCAGUGAUUCGGAAAAUGCUAGCCGAGUUGAAGAGCGAAAUCUUGGCUGACAUGGAGAGGAGCUUGCCGACCAUUAUAGAGCAGAAGAUGUGGCCACGCAUCGCAGAGCGUAUAGACAGUCGUGUGGCGGAUGAGAUGGAAUUGGUACAACAGCAGCUAGAUGAGCACAGAGACGGGACGCAGGAUUUAAUAGAUGACCUGGUCGAUGAUCAAUGUUACCGUAUCAAGGAGGACCUGAAAGAGUAUGUCGAGGAAGGAGAGCUAAAAAGUCAAGUUGUGGCAGAGGUGCUUGACAAAAUAGAGGAUACGGGAUUGUAUGUGCAAUUUGUUAGGCCAAAUGAAACAAUGAAUCGGUGA